AUGAUUAAUCGAUCCUCGUUCAUGUUUAAAAGACCGCGAUCAGAGAAUUUAAACUCUUAUCGUUCCUCGAAUGAUCACCUAACAGGUUCUAAUGAAAAAUUCCUGUUAGUACCGAUUUCCAAGGAUCUGUACGUUUUGAAGAAUAUACAAGAUACUUCUGAAACAAACAUAGAUGGAAUGAUUAUUCCCAAGCGUUAUAAAUUAUUAGAAAAAAAUAAGAAUAAAGGAAACGCAACAUCGGCUAUUCUCUCGUUCAAAGCUCAUAUCCACCAUGACGUGAAAGAUGUAGGUAGAGCGUAUCUUCAUCAUAGAGCUUCCAAUAAUCACCAUUUAUCUGAUUAUGAUACAAAUUAUUUAUAUACUGAUUUCAAUUCUCGUGUCCUCGAAAAAAACACGGAAAAUCUAACGCCACUCUCGUAUCCUAAUUUCUUGUAUCCGGGCAUUGCCUUUCAGACUCGUCCCGAUUUAAUCGACGCCGUUCCUAAAAUACUCGACCAACAGAUUACCCUUCGCGUUCCAGAUUAUAAAUAUAUAACUUUUGUAGAUAUUGACUCGAACACUGAAAUCGUUCCUUACGAUUCGUCCACGAUUCCAUCGACGUCUCCUUUUUUCGAUAUGUCAAAUUACGACAUAUCUUCGUAUCCUAAGAAAAACGCAAAUAACCGUCGAUCGAAUAUUUUACAUGCGAUAAAAGUGGAUGAAUUAAAUCCGCAACCGGAUAGCGGAAAUUAUGAAAACUCUUUAGAAUAUAGCGAGCUUAUUGAAUCGACAACUACGGAUUUCCAAAAUACAUUUGGCACUCUUGAUGAUAAUACAGAUGCACCAGUUACUUUGAAAAAUACCGAAAUGGAUGAUGAUAAAGAGUUAUUUGACGUAUCAAAAAAUAUAGAGAACAACUUUAAAGUAUCAAUAGAAAGCAACAAAAAUAGAAUAAAUGUCAUAGGUAAUAUUUCGACGCAAUAUAAAUCUGCUUUCGAUGCAUCUGUAAACCAAGAUAAUAAUUCCUUCUCUAAUAAUUUUUUUGUUAAUAAUAUUGAAAAUAAUAAUCAAGAUACAAAUGAAGAUAAUACAGGAUCUGGAAUCUCAAUUUCAGGCGAAUAUAGUGAUGAGAAAUCAACUUAUUUCAACGAUUUCAAUUAUGAUAAUAAAUUUAUCGAUGAAACAUUAUUUAGUAAAUAUACUACUAUUAAAUUGGAUUCGUUUUUUAAUAUCGAAAAUUACACAACAUCCGCUUCGUUACUUUUUGAUACUGAUGAGUGGUCGUUUAAUAAGAAGCAGUCUAAUGUGGGAAAUCCACGCGCUUUAUUAAAGGCAAUUGAACCAUUAUCCUCAGAGCUGAAAAAAUUGCUAACCGCUGUUAAAUUGGUCAAUCAAAGCAUUAGCAACGUACAAAACAGAUUGUGCGAUAAGAAAAACGUUGUCAGAUCGGCGAGGAUCGAGCGAGAAAGUAAAGAAAGAAAAGCCACGAAUAUUGCAGAGUCAAUUAACAGGAAGGAUAAUUUUGAUCUCUUUAUGGAAAAUUUUGAUAAUCAAUCUCUGGAUCAAAAGCAGAUUAAAAUCAAAGGCAAAAAUAUUGUAGAUCGGACAAGUAAUGUAGAAUUUAAGAGAAAAACUACUACUAAUCACUACUUUUUAAAUAAAUUGAUGACACCGUUGCAGAAACAUGAAAGCUCGAUUAGCAGUAAUCGAGGAAUGAGCAAUGAUCGUAGAAAUUUCCUCAAAAAGAGAAAAUUGAAUAAGAACAAGUUUCCCAAAUCGGAUAACAUUGAGAAGCAUAGAUUGCCUCAUUUGAGAUUCAAUAGAAAUUUAAAGUCUUUGUCAAAAAAUUACAAAUUGCAACCGAAGCCGAUCCGACAGUUCGUCGAAUCUAGAUUGAAAAGAGUGAUACGUACAACGACAGCUGAUGUAAUAUCGUCAUAUCCUCUGAUCGAAAGCAAUGUAUCGAGCAAAAACAAUUUUAUAAAUGGAUAUACACAAGAUUCUAGAGAAAAUGAAUCAAUUUCUUUGUCAGGACAUAAUACAUUGUCGAAAUUCUCGGAUAUGCCGGCAGACAAGGAUAAUCAGAUGAAUUUUUUAUCAAAUAACAAUCAAGAUUUGACGCGAUAUAAUGUAACAAACAAAUUAUCCAAUGAUGAAGAAAAUAAAUAUUCUCCCGUCGAUCCGCAAUUUUAUAGGGAAGCAACGGCUUACCUCGAUAUACUUCGAUUGUUAAAUAUGACGAAGAAACCUUAUAUAGAACAUUCGACUGAUAUUGUGGCAAAUAUAACGGAAUCGUUGAUCUCAGAAAUUUUUGUAACUACAACAAUAAUCUCGCCGUAUCCUAUCGAGAGAUCAACGACUAUCACUUCGAGAACUACCAUCGCAUGGAGACAAGAAUCUCCAGAAGUGACCGAGUCGGUUUUAUACGAUUAUUUAACAGGUACCGAUUACAAGUAUUACGACGAACAAAAUUAUACAAAUAUAUACGAAGAUUAUGGAUAUGAAGAUCGAGGAAAUGUUACGUCUUGGUACGAUUAUAUGGAAGAAACCACGACUGAGAAGAAGGCAAUUAGUGCAACUACUAUCAAAGAUUUAAUACCGAAAUUUGUCGAAACAACGAGAGGUGUUGAAAUUACGACACCUACAAAAAAGAAAAUAGAUUACGAAGUUGUGGAAACUAUAUCAUUGACACGAUUGUCAGUUACGUUGAGUGCUUUUACGAUAACAAUGCCUACUACACUGUCACAACUUUAUACGACAGAACUGCCAAUUUUUCCGAUCGAUGAAGAGAUAUUUACCACUGAAAUCACUACUGAAGAGACAGCGUUGACUGUCGCAAUGCCUACUGAAAUAACUGAAACUUUUAUCAUAAUUCCGACAACGAUAGAAUUUACAACCGAAUCUGUUAUGCUAUUAACACCAUUUUUAGAAAAUAUGACGGAUAUUACUUUGAGAAUCACAAUUCCUGCAGCUACUUCGAGAAUUUCAAUUGAGGAGACAUCCAUGACUACUGAGAAAGAAAUUUUAGAAAGUACAUCGACAACUUUGACGACAGAAGUAACAAGUUUCCUUGCUGAAACAAGCAUAUCCUUGUUUAUAAUUUCAACUGUACCAUCAUUUACAACUGCAGAAUUGACAAUUCAAAUUACAACUCCCACCGUAUCUAUCGAUUUAAUACCAUUGACAGUUGCAAAAAGGCCUCGAAUUACAACACCGAUAGAAGAAACUACUUCCGUAACUGAAAGAAUGAUUACAAGUGUAAGUCCAACUAUAAUACCGACCAAAUCUACAGCUAUUUUUGGUGAGAAUACAACUUUGUAUAGAGCUAUAACGAGCAAGAUUACAUAUGUUACAAGAAUAGAAACGGAAAUAGAAGACUUAAUUUCGUUUACGACGCAAGCUUUAACGUUAACAACUCACAUUCCGACAAGUACUUUGAAAAUAACAGAAGAAACUAGUUUAGUCGCCGAAAAGAUUAAAACGACGUCUAUAGAAAAUAUGACUACUACAGAAAGUACGUAUAUAACUAUUCCAUCAAUUACACAAUUUACUCCAACUGUGCAAGUAGCUGAAAGUACAACUGAAACAUCAAUUACCAUUAGUAAAAUUACUGUUGUAAAAUAUACUAUUACUACAAUCACAAGCUCACCUACAACUUCGGAAAGAACGGAAACGGUUUUAAGCACAUCGACAGAAAUUGCAAUGACUACUUUAACAUCGGAAGAAGAGAGCCCGGUGACGCAGAUUGAAAAAACUAUAACAGCGGAAGAAAUGACAACUACAGAAAGCCCAACAACUAUUGAAACUCUAAUGACUACUGAAAUUCUAACAAUUAGCGAAACUUCAGUGUUUAAUGAAACUUCAACGUCUAGCACAAUUCCAACUAUCGAAGUUUCAUCUAUAUCAAGUGCCGAAACUCUUCUAACGACUACAGAAACUACAAUUACAAAAAUUCUAACGCCUUCUGAAAUUUCAACAAUUACCGACACUUUGCCUACUGAAAAUCGAACAAUCACUAAACCUCUAACGACUACCGAAAUUUCAACGUUAAUUGAAAUUCCAGUAACGACCGAAAUUCAAACAACUAUCAAAACUUUAAUCACCGAGACAAUUGAGAGCUCUUCAACAUCUUCGGUAAUACCUGUUUCAGUAACUGCAAUUAAGACAGUUCCAACUACGUUAUUGAUAACGACAAAACGACCUGCUACAACUUCCGUUAAAACCACAGUUUCAAUUACAUCAUUAAAAUUAACAACAUCAACGCCAUUAUCCCUGAUCACGAAUACAACGCUGAAAGAAACGCCAUAUACUACGAUUUCUGGCACGUUUUUAACUACGACAAAAGAACCUACUACAACAGCUUCUGUUAAAACCACAGUUCCAACUACAACAUUAAAAUUAACGACGACAACGCCAUUACCCCUGAACCUGAAAAUUCUAACGCCUUCUGAAAUUUCAACAAUUACCGACACUUUGCCUACUGAAAAUCGAACAAUCACUAAACCUCUAACGACUACCGAAAUUUCAACGUUAAUUGAAAUUCCAGUAACGACCGAAAUUCAAACAACUAUCAAAACUUUAAUCACCGAGACAAUUGAGAGCUCUUCAACAUCUUCGGUAAUACCUGUUUCAGUAACUGCAAUUAAGACAGUUCCAACUACGUUAUUGAUAACGACAAAACGACCUGCUACAACUUCCGUUAAAACCACAGUUUCAAUUACAUCAUUAAAAUUAACAACAUCAACGCCAUUAUCCCUGAUCACGAAUACAACGCUGAAAGAAACGCCAUAUACUACGAUUUCUGGCACGUUUUUAACUACGACAAAAGAACCUACUACAACAGCUUCUGUUAAAACCACAGUUCCAACUACAACAUUAAAAUUAACGACGACAACGCCAUUACCCCUGGUUACGAAUACAACGUUAAGCGAAACGCCAUAUAUUACGAUUUCUAGCACGUUUUUAACUACGACAAUAGUACCUACUACAACAGCUUCUGUUAAAACCACAGUUCCAACUACAACAUUAAAAUUAACGACGACAAUGCCAUUACCCCUGGUUACGAAUACAACGCUAAUGAUAAGCGAAACGCCAUAUACUACGAUUUCUAGCACGUUUUUAACUACGACAAUAGAACCUACUACAACAGCUUCUGUUAAAACUACAGUUCCAACUACAUUAUUAAAAUUAACAACGACAACGCCAUUAUCCCUGGUUACGAAUACAACGCUAAGCGAAACGCCGUGCACGAUUUCCACUACCUUUUUGACAGAAGAGAUCGAGAAUACAACUUUUUCUAUAACAUCUACAAUAUCUACAAUUAAAAUAUUGCCGACUACACUAUCUACAUUAAUAACUACGACACCAUUCUUGAAUACAAGUGUCGCAAUAAAUAAAACACUUUUCACCACAAUUUUUACUACGUUUAAAACAGCAUCAAUCGAAAUGACAACUUUUUCGAUGACUCCUAUUACUACAACAUCCCCGUUCGAAGUUACGUCAACACUAACUCCAUCAAUUGUAGAUACAAAUACAACGCUGAGCGAAAUAAUUUUUAGCACAUUUUCGACAGAAAUAGUCGAAGAAGCGACAACUUUAAUGACGUAUCUACCAUUAAAUACCACGAUGUUUUUUGUCGAAACCACCGCAGAAACAACUUUAUUCGUAACAGAAACGAUUACCGCUAUAAGCAGUGAAGAAAUUUCAACGAUCGAAGAAGUUACCGCUGUUAGUUUUAUUACAAUAACUGAAGAAUCUUCCUUAAUUGAAGAGAUUAUUAAUGUUACUUCUACAACUGUUGGAAUAUCAAUACCUACGAAAAUCACAUUGACUUUUACGGAAAGAAGUACAACACCUGCAAUAGAAACAAGUAUCGCGAAUACUAGCUUGGCAUCGACAAUAGCCAUGACGACUGUUUCGCUUUUACGAGAAACUACCACAGAAACUAUAAAGACAAGUUUGAUAACAACAACUGCCACAUUGUUGCCGCCAAUUACUGAAGAACCAGAGCAGAUAACGAUCUCAAAAACUGAAAUGACGUUUACUCCACUAUCCGAAUUUACGUCGUCAGUAUUAAUUACGUCGGAAACGCCCGCUAUUACACCAGAAGUUAUUUCUGUAUUGCCACAGACUGUAUCAGAUGAAAGAGAAUUCACAACAAUAUUAACAAGUCCAUCGAUAACGUAUACUUUAGAGAGUUUUACAACAUUAUCUAUCGAAAGAACAGUCCAACCCACUGUUUCAACUUUGGCAGCGACCACUGAAGAAAUGCUAGAAGUCGAAACAGAAUAUUACAUAGCAGAGGAGCCGUUCUACGAAGAGGAAUAUGAAGAUUAUGUGGAAUACGAUAUCCCGACUGAUAAAUGGUAUGAUUAUGAAGAGUACGAAACUACGGCGAAGAUUAGGACGACUGUGGUAUCGAGCACAGCAAAAUAUACAGAACUGUCCACAGAAGCAGCAACAAGCCCAUCUUUUGAGGAAGGUACAACAUCUUCAUAUGAAACUAAAACUUUAGAGUUUACGAUGUAUUCGACAACUUCUACAUCGAUUUAUACUGAUGUAAUUUUAACUGCAACUACCACGAAAAUACCUUAUACAUACACCGAGGAAGAGUUUACUUUGAUUUCUGCUUUGGAAACAUCUGCAAUGACUAUUAUUGAGAAUAUAACGACGAUUGAAGUAGGAACUGAGUUUACAACAUCCAUUACGAGUAAAGAGGAAGAAUCGACGACAAUGGCGUUAACCUUUGGCUCUACCGAAGAAUACACUCUUCUCCCUUCGACAGCUUUCGAAAUUAUGACGGAACCGCUUGAAUAUCUGACGAUUCCUCCCAAAUUUACAAAACCUACAUCGAAAUUUUUGGCAUGGUACGACGUUACCGCGCCAAAAUUCACAAAGCCCAAAGAAAUUUCUGAGAUCGAAUUAGAAAAGACUUCGACUUCGGAACGAAUUUUGACGAAGACAGAAUUUACCGAGGAAAAAUUGACUUCCUUUUUCAUUUCAUCAAUAUUGACGACGUUAUCGGAGAGAGAAACUAUUGAAAUAUAUGCAACAACCGCGAGUAUCGCGUUCUCAGAGAUGGAAACCGCUUACGAAGUAACCACUUCGGCGACGAUGUUAAUUACAAAAGAAGAGAUUACUCCGUAUACCACAAUGUUUACCGCCCCAGAAAAUAAAACUGAAUUUAUUACGAUGAGGCAAACUACGAUCGGGCAAGAAGAAGAAAGGAAAAUCUUACUGCAACUACUCGAGUAUCUCGAGCAGCGUGAGAGAGAAGUGGCAGAGAGAGAGGAAAAGCUAAAGAAGAAAGAAUUACAAUGGGAAAAGGAGAAGGAAAUGAUGCAGCGUGAAAAGGAGAAAGCAAAGAAUAUUACAACAGUGACUAGUACAACUACGGGCUAUGUUACAACUACUAUAAUUGAUACAGUCACAAUUCCCGUUGAUAUUUUCAGUACACAAAAUUUGACUGCAGCUCCUACUGCAGAGAUUAAAGUCACAUCUUUUGUUCUCGAUACGUCGAGUUUGGCUGAAAUUAUUAUAACUUCCACCGAAACAAUGCCGUAUAUCACAGAGGAAGGUAUAUUUGCGACAUACAUUACAGAAAAGACAGAAGAGACAAGUAUAAAAGAAAGUACAUUUCCAACGUAUAUUGCAGAAGUAACAGAGGAAACGGCUAUAUUUUAUACUACCGAGGAAAGUACCUCUGUGACAUACAUUACAAAAGAGACGGAAGAAAUAUAUAUUACAAAUUAUACAACUCUGACGUCAUAUAUCACUGCAUCUAUUGUAGAUUUAUACAACAUCAGUUUAGUUUCAAUCGAAACCACCACUUCUUACACUACCGAAGAAAUAUAUACUACGAGUUAUGGAACCGCUUAUCUGAGUGAACCUUUAUCUACCUCGUCUACGAUGCUGUUCACCAGCCCGAUUACUUUGGCUGUUGACGAAUUCACUAUUAUUACAAAAGAAAGCUAUACUACGAGUUACAUAACCCUUUGUAGUGAAUUUCCAUUCAUUUCGUCUACAAUGACGUUAACUAGUCGAAUUACAGAGCCUAUUGAUAUCACUAUUUUACCUAUUUCAAUUACAACCCCUAUUUCGUAUGCUACGGAAGAAACAAUAGACAUUUAUAGUGAGUCUCUAUUCACUUCACCAGCAUCAGUGUUUAUUAAGACAACUACAGCUUUAGCUAUUAGCAUAACCACGGAGAUGGAAUAUGACGAAGAAAUAGAAAGCCUGAAAGAAAAAUUGCUCAAGAAAGAACGCGAAUUAAAAGAGAGAGAAAAAAUGUUGUUGGAAAAAGAGGAAAGAUUAGAGAAAGAUAUAAUAGAAUUUGAACUGUAUAUGAAAGAAUUCGAGAAAGAAAAAAUGUACACCUUGAUUGCAUCGUCCGAGAAACCGAUUGUGUCAACGAGUUUAUCAACGCCUGUGCCACCGACCGAGAAGACUACUAUAAAGGCCCAAGUAACAACGCAGAUUAAAAAAGUAACCGAGAAAGAAGAAAAUCAAACUACUACUACAAAAAUGGUGACUUCUCGACACGAGACUACAAAAAUAAAAGAUGUUGAAGAGAAAGAGCGGACUAGUCAUGUUCCCGAAAAGAUCGCAACACAGGUAGAAGAAAAGAUUGUGACGAAAAAAAUAUGUCUCAAUGUCCUGGAAAAUACGACAAUUCCUUUUGUAAUUAAGAAAAUGUGUCUGCCAUAUUUUCCCGAAAAGAAUAGAAAGCAAAAAUCAGUAAAUCAUUUAAGCAGAAAGCUUCUGUCAUUUCCAAAUACGAGAAAAAUUAGGGAGUCACAAUUUCAAAAUUUGCCGUCAGAUUUUCGAUACAGAGGAACAAGAGCGAUAGAAACGACACGUAAAAUCGACAAUUUACAAUUAUCAUAUCGUGAAUGGCUGACUAACGAAACCACGAAACCAAUGCGACAUUUUAAAGGUUUCACUAGGAUCUAUGGAAAAAAGGGGAGAUUUUAUUUAAAAAAGAUUUCUACCACUACUAAUAUGCAAGAAAAUUAUAUCUAUAAUUUUCGAGAUAAAACUCCUCUAUCUGAACAACGUAUUCUUGAUUCCUAUGAAAGUCUCUUUCGAUCAACAGCAACGUUUAUGUUAGAUAAUAAGAAAUACAGAAAAAGAAACGUUUUCUUCAAACAUAAUUUAAUUCCUGCAAGAAGAAAUAAUUUCUCAAAUAAUAACAAAUAUAUCGAAAACAGAAAUGCUUUGUCGACAGAGAAAAAUACUCGGUCUUGGAUGAGAGAGAAUGCAGCCAAUGUUUCGAAUCAGAAAGCUAGAAGUAUAAUAACAGAGGAGGAGAAUUUAGAUGAAAAAGAGAAUGAAUUUUACACGGUGAAUGUACUACAUCUCAGCUAUAAUAAAGACAGAGAAACGCAUGAAGUAAUAUCUGCUAAACCAAAUGAAAAUGAACUAACAAUGAUUAUGUCUGAGUCAAUUGACAACAAUAAUGUUACUAAAUUUGACGAAGGUGGUAAAAUUACACCAUACAAUGAACUUGAAGAAAAAAGUGAUUUACAAGAGGAAGACAUUCUACAGGAGGAAGAAAAAUUGCAGGAAGAUUCUUUCGAGGAUAUGUUAGAAAAUUAUAUGAAUUAUGAGGAACGUACGACAUCGGCACCGACACGUGAUGAUAAAUUUUUAGACAGAGGUGAGACUGAAAGCGAGAUAGGAAGUAAAACAAAAUUUUUGGAUCAAAUGUGGCCUACGGAAAAAAGUACGACAUAUCAUCUGGGUGGCACUAGAUAUUGGGAACUCGAAGUUACGGAACCUGUAUCAGCUGUAUUUAUUGUAUUUAGUAUUACAACGGAUUUUACAACUAAAACCAAAGCUAUCGACGUCUCGAUUACUAGAACAACAUGUCUCUAUGUUAUCUUAAAAAAUGAAAUAAAUACUGACGCAAAAACAAAACGUAAUAUACAUCACCACAAACGAAACGUUUAUAAAAAUGAAACGAGGAAAAAUAAUAUUUCUAUCGAGAAGCAAAAAAUUGGUCUUAAAAAUAUAACAAGAGAGAAUACGCAAAACUUGCGCGGAUUGAAUCGUUACGAACAAAAAUCUGGUGGAAAAAGAAAAUUUGACGAGUUUUCGCGUAUCAACAAUGAGGAUUCAAUAAUAGCAAAAACUCGAAAGUUGUGUAGUGUCAAUGGGAUCAAAUCAAAGCAUCAAAUAAUUAAGCACAAAGAUACUAUGGAUACCAAAAAUAAAACUAAAAAGAAACAAUCAACAAAAUCGCAAAAAUUACAAAAUAUUAAUUCGCGCUCUCCAAAAAGUUGUACAAAUAAUUGUAUCAUGAAUAAAAAAAAUUCGGGUAAAAUAAUUACGAGAACGACAACGAAUCAAUCUAUAUUAAACAGAAUAAGUUUUUCGUUGGACGAAAUUAAGGCGCUUAAUUGCAGCGUAUAUAAAGAGACCCAGGAUAAAAUUGUGAUUUCGAUGGAUUCCGACGCGGAAGAAGCUAGAGAAUUUUCACAGCCGCAUUACAAUACCGAAUCGUUGAAAGGUCAAAAAUAUAUCAAGCUGGAAGAGCUGGAAGAUGAUUUUAAGAGCGAUUUGGAACUCGGCAACGAUCACGAUAUCGUUUCAUUGCCCGGUCUUAAUCUCAACUUACCUUGUAAUCAAGACGGCGACGGUAUCACUUGGCUAUCGAGUAUUAGCAGACCGAGUUACGCGUGGAAAAGGACCGAUGGCAUCGCAAUUUUCGGUUUCGUGGCUGAAAACGGUGAUUUGGAAUUGCGAAAUGUAAAUGCAAAAGAUACGGGAAAUUACACGUGCGUCACAACGUACAUGGGCCCCGAGACUGAAGAGCCUGUAGAAACUACCUACGAAAUUCAUUUGCAAGUUGUGACGCUACCGAGAUACAUCAUACACGGUGAAAAUUGUUACUAUACGCGAUCCUGCGACGAAAGGGAUUUGGAUAUAUUGAUGACGUAUCUUCCAAUAAAGCUAAAUGAUAUUAUAUGCGAGGCAGAUAUUUGCAAUGCUUAUAUCUUAACGCCAUCUUGCUCUCGAAGCCAAAUUACAGUAAAUAUUCUGUUAUUGCCAUCGCAUAUCGUCAAACUGAUGACCAUCGAUCCCAAACACUGCAAUAUCUUUUGUCUUAAAGCCAUUCAGGACAAACUCUCGCUUAUACUGAGUAAAAAUUUACGAAUUUUCUUCGGGAAAACUAUUAUUUUCAGAUUACCUCAUUAUGAGCAGAGAUUGGUUCCGAUUGCUGAAAAGUCCACAUUCGCAAGAUGGAAAAGAGGAAGGACAAAUGCAUUUGCCGGAAAAGCCAGUAAUAUCGGCCUAUUUUCCAGCUGCCCGGCUGGAUAUGGUCUUCGUGGCACGCAUUGUGUUCCUUGCAAUAUGGGUACUUAUAGCGAGGAUGGAAUAUCGUACUGUAAAAAGUGUCCGUCCGGUACGUAUCAGCCGAAUCAUGGUGCCAGAAUUUGUCGCACGUGCACUGAUCCCUUGACGAAAGGCUGUUACAAUAUGCUGUGGAGUUCUUUUUCCGCUAUAAUGAUAACUUUGGCAAGUCUCGGUGUAAUGCUAUCGAUAUUUUUAUUAUUCCUAUGGAUAAUCUGCUGCGCUAAGAAGAAAUUCUGCGUAAAGAAGAUAGCUAGUAUUAUACCUAAGGAAGACGCAUUUGAACAAGAGAAUCCCAUAGAGGAACAAUCGUUAAUUAAUGACGUAAGUGAAAACCAAGAUCAGCAAUGGGAUAAUGAAUACAAAACUAAGAAAAAAAAGAAAAAGUUUUAUCUACAUGAAGAUGAAUGGGGAUCGCAUCGUGUAAAGAAUAUUCCGAUCAUUUGCCCAGAUUCUUAUCGGUCUCAUGAAGAUUAUAACAACUGUGAGCACAUCUUUCAACAUAUAAAAUAUAUUAACGUAUAAAAGUGUAAUCUUUUAAUCUCUCUUCUUCAUAUAAAUAUUAUAUAUUCUUAAAUAUAUAUAAAUUUAUAUAGAUUAUUCAAAGCAAUCAUAUCGUAAAGGACCCCGGCUGCCAGAAUGUGAUUUCGAUACAUGAUAAAAGACGUGAUAUAUAUAUAUAUAUAUCAGAAAAUAUGCUACAGAUAGCGAAGCAGAAUUAUGUAAUCUAAGAGAUAAGUUUGUAUAAAUAUAUUUUAGACUUAAUUUUAUAUACCUAAAAAAAGUAUAUAAUAUCCGUCCGGUAUGUGCACACACAUUUAUUUUUCUGUCUCCCUCUGUCUGUUAAAGGAUAAUUGUACCUAUUAAAUAACAUAUUAAUUAUGGGAUCCUCCUCCCCUAUUGUAUCGAACAUAUGUUAUAAAUAAAUGUUAUACACAUAGCAUAUAAAAUAUUCCAAUAUAUUGAUUAUUUUGAUUUUGAUAUUUAUAUAUAUUCUUUGUUCUUCAUGUUAUAUUUAUUUAUUAUAUAUUCUUUGUUUUUUAUGUCAUAUUUAUCUAUAAAUUAUUUUUAUUGUUAAAACUUAAUGUUUUUUUUCGGGAUUUGAAAGUUUAUAAUAAAAAUAAGUUUAAAUUUGACAAAUGUCAUAUGUUAAAGAAUUAUUUUUAUUAUAAACACAUACAUUUCCUAUUGCAAUAAUUUUUGUACAGCCGAAUGAUGUUCAUGGCAUUGGUACUACACUAGUGCGAUACAGCCAGAUAAC